CCGCCCCGCCCCGCCCAGCGCCUCCCGGGCCCGCGUCCUGCCCCGGCCCGCGGGGCGGCCGCUCCUGUCCGGGGGCAGCGGCUGCGGGGCUGCCCGCGGGCUGCGGUUUGAGGCUCGGAUUGGGAUUGGAAGUAACAGCAGUUGUUGCCUCGCUGUGUCUCCAAGCAGUUUUUAAUCUGCUAGUGUUUCUACAAACAGGAAUAAAAUAGGAGGGAAGGCAUCCUAGGUGCUGCCAAGCUUUCAGUGGGUAUCUGGGGGAUUUGGCAUGUGCUUCCUUUGGGGGCCAGCACUAACUGGAAACAAGUAUCUCAACACUUGCCAGGAAAAGGGAGACCUCACUCUGACGUAACUGAUAAACAGGUGUGAAGCAUGAGGAUCAACUCUGCUGUUCAGGCUGCUAUUGACCUCACAGCAGGAGCUGCAGGUGGGACAGCAUGUGUGGUGACUGGCCAGCCCUUUGACACUGCGAAGGUGAAGAUGCAGACGUUCCCAGACAUGUACAAAGGACUCAUUGACUGUUUUGUGAAAACCUAUAAGCAAGUGGGGUUUCGAGGCUUCUACAAGGGAACCACACCAGCACUUGUAGCCAACAUCGCCGAGAACUCCGUUCUGUUCAUGUGCUAUGGGUUUUGCCAACAAAUUGUGAGAAAAAUUGUUGGAGUAGACAGGAAAACAAAGCUCAGUGAUCUGCAGAAUGCUGCUGCAGGCUCCUUCGCCUCCGCCUUUGCCACCCUGGUCCUCUGCCCAACAGAGCUGGUGAAGUGCCGACUGCAGGCCAUGCAUGAGAUGCAGUUGUCAGGAAAGAUAAUCCAGGGACACAAUACAGUUUGGUCAGUAGUGAAGGGUGUUAUUCAAAAGGACGGUCCCCUUGGAUUUUACCGUGGCCUAUCAAGCACUUUGCUGAGAGAAGUCCCAGGCUAUUUCUUCUUCUUUGGAGGGUAUGAACUGAGCCGGACAUUCUUUGCCUCUGGGAGAUCAAAAGAAGAAUUAGGUCCCAUUCCCUUGCUACUAAGUGGAGGCUUUGGAGGUAGCUGUUUGUGGAUUGCUGUGUAUCCUGUGGACUGUGUCAAAUCUAGAAUUCAAGUUCUUUCAAUGGCUGGAAAACAGACAGGCUUUAUGGGAACGUUUGCAACUGUUGUGAGAACUGAAGGUGUACUUGCCUUGUAUUCUGGACUAAAGCCAACCAUGAUCCGUGCGUUCCUGGCCAACGGGGCACUGUUCCUUGCCUAUGAGUACAGCCGGAAACUUAUGAUGAAACAAAUAGAUUCUUACUGAUACCUUCUAGCAGAUGGAGAACAAAAGGGUUUUUUAAGGAUCAUUUAAAUAAACAUUUAAAAACCUGUAGACCCCAUCAUGGUCUGAGCAGGGCCAAAUCCAUGACCUAAUUUUAGGAACUCCAGUUUAGGAUUUGUCAUAUAUUAAAUUCAGGUGAUUUUUAUAGAGAUGUGUACAUGCUGCUUGAAUUGGACCAGCAAAACUAUCCCCAUGUUGCAGAUUCUGCACUAGGUACCUUGCAUGUCAUAAAUGUACUUUCUUGAUGUGUAAUGGUGCUAAAAAGAAUUAUAUUGACCUGUUGGGUUUAAUGUAACAUACAGCAAUAGGCUGUGAUUCAAGGCAAAGCACUGCUUUAAAAUCUGCACUCUGAUGGUUAACUUUCCCAGUUGUUGCUGGCAAGUGUCUGACUCAAAAUAACCACUCCUCUCUAAUCUGUCUAGACUCCUGCUCUUCUCCAGCUCUCUUCUGCCCUGUGACUUUCCAAGGUCAUGGCAGUUGGUGUAUGACUUGUGCACUCCAUCCCAGGGAAUGGGCUUAUUAAACUAGGAAGUGUUCACCCCCUACCUUGUAUGACUCAGAGCUGAGCUAUGCCUGCAUUUGAGAUAAAAACAUAUAGUUACUGUGUUGAAGGAGUCAAGAGGGGGUUAGCAUUUUAUCAUUUUCUGAAACCUUCCAAGAAGUGCUGGAAUACAUUAAGCACCACUGAAUUAAACACUUAAGGGAAACUGCUGGAAAUAACUUCUGGCUGUGAUGACAGGAGCCUGCACAAAGUUACAGUUCUGUUUGGGUCACCUUGACAUGAAUGAGUAUAUGUGCUUGAAGGACAGGAAGCUGAAAGCCAGAACUGAGUUCUUAAAGACAACUGACACCGUGGUCUCCAGGGUGUAUCAUGUGCUGACUUGGGCUGGAGUCCUGCCAUGUGCUGUAUCUCUUCAGCUGCUGGAGAAAGCUCUCAUGACUGGAUAGUUUGUAUCACCUUCAGGCCUGGAGGUCAUAGUUGCUUGGUCAUGAUACUUAAUUAACCAUGCAGUUAAGUCAGUGUUACCCUAAAUGAUCCAGUAACACCUAUUUCUGGAUGUCACUUUCAUUCUUGAAAUAGGAUGUUUUUUAUGCAAUCAUGUUCUGCCUGGGAGAAGGCAAAGCAGAUCUCAGAGCAAGGUAAUUCAUGACUCAGGCCUAGAGUUGUACAGGGGGAUGUUGUCUGCAUGCUGGAAGUGACAACCUACCCUUAUGGAGAAUACAAACAGAGCUCUUUCACUCACCAAGAGAUACUAGCAGCUUGUCACAGCAACCACAGUUUGUCAGUGACUGACAGCAGGCAUAGCUCAGUUAUAUAUGUUACACUUUCUACUUCAGAAUCCAGCAAUAGGAAAAAGCCUUGGCAUAGAUGAAGCAUCUCAAUACCUACUGCCUCUUGCAGUGGAGCCAGGGUGCACUAAAACUGUCUAAUCUACUGCAUUGUUACCUUUGAUGAAAGGUGGUUGCUGCAGUUCCCCCACCUCUUCUUGCUUCCCCCAGCCAUUACAUAGAGCAGGAACUGUUCAUCUCCCUUUCAUACACCCAGGAGAAAAGGCAGUGAAGCAGGACAUGGCUGAAGAAUUUUCAGUGUCUACUGCACCAGUUUAUUGCUGCCCCUAAUGUAGCAGUCAGUCAAGAUACUGUGCAUCAUCAGUACUUUAAAAGGGAUUUAUACCAAAUGUUUAAAUAAUUCAGGUAGGAGGGUGAGGGUUUGAGUUCUUAGUCUUCCCCUUCUUUUCAAAGGUGUCUAGCCAAGAGAAAUAGUAUAUUUGUACAUGUUUCUAGUAGUUAUGAAAAGGUGAGGACUGAAUCCACAUGAGUGGAAUACUUCAAUCUAUUUCUUAGAUUUGUCUUUGCUUUCAUUUUUUAAAGCUCAUGGUUGCAGUUUUUAAUACAAAAGUUGAAGCUUCAAGAGAAGCAGGAUAUUUAGAACUGAACCUACAGCAAGAAGCUGGUAGCUGAAAUAAACAUGAAUUUUGAGAGUUUACCUUAUGAAGCUGAUGUAAGCAGUAAUUUUCCCAUUCACAGCUGCUUAAGCUGUACACAUGUACCAAUUGUUAAGCUCAGAACUUCACUGUUGGUAUAGGAACUAAUGGGAAUAAAGUCUGAUUUGAGUAACUGA